UGACAGGAGGUGGCGGUGCAGGGGUGUCCCCUGUGGGACCCCCCCGAGGGCCCCCCCGGCCCCGCUGCCGCCGUCAAUCAGCGCUGGCCCCGCUCCCGGCGCCGCGGACAUGGAGGGCCCCGAGCUGCUCCGGCUCUGGGUGCUGGCAGCCCUGGCCCUGGCGGUGUCCCCGGUCACUGUCCCCGAGCACCACGUCCUCCCCGACCUCCGCCUCUCCGCCGAGACCGGGGCCAUCUUCGUGCACGAGCUGGAGCGGGAGCCCUUCCUGGAGGCCUUCAGCGGCAGUGAGGAUGAUGAUGCCCCCGUGACCUUCCGUGCCCACCUGUGGCAGCGGCCGGACCUGCCGCGGUGGCUGCGCUUGGCCCAGCGCGGCCCCGGCCAGCCCGGCUUCCUGUACGGCUGCCCACUGCCCCCCGAGCUGGGCACCCACCGCCUCCAGGUGCUGGCCUACAACCGGCGCACCUUCGCCACCGCCAGCCAGCGCCUCGACAUCGGGGUCACCCCCGCCCCAGGGGGGGAGGCGCCGUUCCAGGCCGAGUUCCUGGUGGGCAACAGGGACGUGGAGGAGCUGCUGCCGGAGGCGGCGCGGGAGAUGUUCCUGGAGGCCUCGGCCGGGCUCUGGGAGCGCGGGGACCUGCACGUCAUCAACGUCACCUCCGCCCUGGACCGCGGGGGCCGCGUGCCGCUGCCCAUCGAGGGUCGCAAGGAGGGGGUGUACGUCCAGGUGGGCUCCCACAGCCCCUUCUCGCCGUGCCUGCUGGCGGCCGUGUCCCCGCAGAGCCGCGCGCGCUGUCACCGCGGCCAGCGCCCCCUCGCCUCCUGCUACGACACCUUCGCGCCCCACUUCUCCAUCCGCUGGUGCAACCUCAGCCUGCUGCAGGUCGUGCCCAGCCCCCGCACGCCGGGGCCCGAGUGGGGGCCGGGGGUGCUGGAGGGCGGGGGCGAUUUCGAGCCCCCCGGCGAUGUCGCCCCCCGGGAGCUGCUGUCGCCCUUCCUGGUGACGCUGCUGGUGCCGCUGGCGGUGGCCGCGCUGCUCUGCCUGCUCCUGGGCCACCUCAUGUGCUGCCGCAGGGAGGGAGUGGGUCCCCGGGGGGGCCCGGGCUCCAUGGCGCGCUGUCCCCGCAGCCUGCAGCUGUUCCACCACGGCUCCAUCCUCGGCGACACGCGCGAGCUGCGGCUCAUGGCCGGCCGGCGGGACGUGCCCCGGCCGCUCUCCACGCUGCCCAUGUUCAACGUCCGCACGGGCCAGCGCACCGACCCCAUGGCCAGCGCUCGCCACGGGGCCCGCGCCCCCCUGCUCCCACCCUGAGGGGACCCCCGAGCCGCGGGGACAGCGCCAGAGCUGGGGACGGCGUGUCCAGGGGGGUCUGGGGGGACAGAACCCCCGCGGGGAGGAGGAGGAGGAGGAGGAGGAGGAGGUGCGGGUCCGGCUGGGCUCUGCCCGGAGGGUUUGGGGUGUCGCCGCUUUCGGGUGAAUUUCGGUGCAUAAAUGGAGUGUUCAGUGAUGAAA